AGCGCGCCAAAUAUUCAACCCCCGUCUGCACCAGACCUCUCUUUUUGUCUCCAGUGCGCUUCUUUCAGUAACAAAACAUGUCUUGAGGUGCACUACUGCGCCAUCAAUAGCGAGCGAAACAGACAACAUAUAUUUAUAUCAUCCGAGAGUUAUAAAAGUUAGAACAUCAUCUUUGGUAUGAUAGGUUUGGUGUGGACUCUCCGCCGGAUUGCGCAGCGCUUUAGAUCGGAGGCAAGUUUAAAGUCGAAACGCGUCUUGGAUGAGAAUACGCUUGGAAAUGGAGAAGCAACAUCAAACGCAUCCAGAAUGGAUUUGACAACAAUCCCUAAUUUCUCGCUGAACUCAACUGCGGAUACUAAUGACACGAACGCACCGAGACCCCCGCCACAUUCACAGUACGCGGCGGUGUUGAUUAUUCUCGUGGUCACCGUUAUCAUCCUGGUGACCAUCGUGGGAAAUGUAUUAGUAGUGGUGGCCGUUUUUACCAGCCGUGCGCUCCGUGCGCCACAAAACCUCUUUUUGGUCUCUUUGGCAUCUGCUGAUAUUUUGGUGGCCACUUUGGUCAUCCCGUUCUCCCUGGCCAAUGAAGUUAUGGGAUACUGGUUCUUUGGCAGCACCUGGUGUGCCUUUUACCUGGCUCUGGACGUGCUAUUCUGCACGUCAUCUAUUGUCCAUCUUUGCGCCAUAAGUUUGGACAGGUACUGGUCGGUGACCAAAGCGGUCAGCUACAACCUGAAGAGGACCCCACGGAGAAUAAAAAGCAUGAUUGCGGUGGUGUGGGUUAUAUCGGCUGUGAUCUCUUUCCCACCACUAAUCAUGACCAAACACGACGAGAUGGAGUGCUUGCUGAACAACGAGACGUGGUACAUCCUCUCAUCCUGCAUGGUCUCGUUUUUUGCACCUGGUCUCAUCAUGAUUUUGGUGUAUUGUAAAAUCUACAGGGUGGCCAAACAGCGCGCAGCCACCGUUUUUGUGGCUAAGAACGGGAUGGAGCGACAGCCAUCGCAGUCGGAGACAUGCUUCGUGCGUAAAGGCAAGUCGGAGGUGGAGAGCCCCAGCAGCAACAGCUCUGGCAGCCGAGAGCGCAAAGGCGAGCUGGAUGACAUCGAUUUGGAGGAGAGUAGCUUCUCCAACAAACAGAGGAACUCUCGCUUCACCAAAAGCAGGAGAGUGGACGGGGCACAGCCGUGCCCAAGGCAAAACGGACGCCUGUCAUGGGCAUGUAGUCGCACCUCAGACCUCGAUCAGGAUCCGAGGGCGCGCAAGCUGUCCUUAUCCAAGUCCAAACUGGCACAGAUGCGCGAGAAGCGCUUCACAUUCGUGCUGGCCGUGGUCAUGGGAGUGUUCGUGCUCUGCUGGUUCCCCUUUUUCUUCACGUACAGCCUUCAUGCCAUAUGUCGGGAAAGUUGCACAAUACCGGAUUCUCUGUUCAAUCUGUUUUUCUGGAUUGGCUACUGCAACAGCUCAGUGAACCCUAUAAUUUAUACGAUUUUCAACAGAGACUUUAGGAAAGCGUUUACAAAGAUUAUGUGCCAUAGCCAUGCGCGCUCGUAAAUGUAGGUUCUGGCGUGUGUACAUGUGAACGUUUACCUGCGUUUGACAUUGUGCGGGCACUCUCAACGGAAAAAAGUGUUUGUUCGCGUGGUCCGCGUCUCUGUAAAUAGCAUUAAAAUAUGAGUGUUUUUCUCGCAAUUUGUUUACUGGAGUGUUGUGCACUUACAAGUGAGAUUUUUAACACCAUUCUGUACGCAGGCAGGUAGCCUGAACAAAUGUGAAAAGGAAUUCCAAGAUCACACAUGUGCCAGUCCGAUUUACACGUUUAUUUAUGGAAGAUGACUAAUGUUUGAUUAGUGAAAAACUGGAUGAAGUCUGUCACUGACACUUUAUUUGAGGACAUACAUGUGAGACAUUU